CUGGGAGAGUGGGAGAGGGAGAGAGAAGGGAGGAAAUGGCACAGGAGAAUAAGGAAGGAGAGGCUAACGGAUCGACCAAAGGGGCAGAGGCGAAUGGGAGCGUGGGGUUUAAGUUCAACGUUCAUGCACCGGAGUUUGUACCGAGAUCACACAGCCAAGCCCCGCCGAUCUCCGGGUACUUCUAUCCUUAUCUUCAAUUCUUUGGGAAUGGUGGAGGUGGGCUGGGACCGGAUUGGAUUUACUUUGCAGAGCAAGAGCCAGCGCAUUUUGUCCCUGAACUGCAUGGAAAGGUCCCAGGUCACUCCAAAAAUAACAAUGAUGUGAUUCAGAAGAUUGUAAAACAGGUCGAAUAUCAGUUCAGUGAUACAAAUUUGGUUGCAAGUGAUUUUCUGAUGAAGAUUAUGAACAAAGAUCCUGAAGGUUAUGUUCCAAUGUCUGUCAUUGCAUCUUGGAAGAAAAUAAAAUCUCUUGGCACUAACAAUCAAAUGCUUAUUAAAGCACUUCGGACCUCAACAAAGCUUGUUGUGAGUGAGGAUGGCAAAAAAGUCAGGCGCAAGCAGCCUUUCACAGAACGAGACAAAGAGGAGCUGCAGGUGAGCAUCACGGAAUUGGACAUGCAGUCAUUUGGGUUUCAAAAAGAUCAUAAGUAUGCCAUUUAUUCAAUCUUCUACUGUCCCUUGCAGACUCGUACUGUUGUAGUAGAAAACCUGCCUGAGGAUUACUCACGGCAAAACCUUGAAAAGAUAUUCAGUGUCGCCGGGAGUGUCAAAAAUAUCCGAAUAUGUCAUCCACAGGAACCCAAUUCCGCUAGAUCUUCAAAAACUGAUGUGCUAAUAAGUAACAAGCUGCACGCUUUGGUGGAAUACGAGACUGUGGAACAAGCUGAAAAGGCGGUUGAGAAGCUGAAUGAUGAAAGGAACUGGCGAAAAGGUCUUCGUGUUCGAACGAUGCUUAGACGCACCCCAAGGUCAGUGAUUCGAACCAGGAGAUCAGACUAUGACCAUUUUGAUAUAUUUUCUGAGGAUGAGCAGUCACCUCCCUCUCAAACAGUAGGCUCACCACACAUAGGACAACUACUUGAACACAGUAUUGAAGACAACCAGAAUACCGCAAAAAAAGGGUGGGGAAGGGGCAGAGCAAAAUUACAUGGGAUGGUCCAGAAUCACAAUGGUCGCGGCCUCCUGUCCCAAUCUCCACAACCAGGGUGCCUUGGCCAGCCUGAAGCCACGAGCAAGCAGAUACUUCAGGGUCCCAGGAUGCCGGAUGGAACACGGGGAUUCACCAUGGGCCGUGGGAAACCACUCACCCCAGUCUUGGGAGCUUCAUCACUGACAUCAACAGGUUCUGGUCCCGUUGAGCUUUGAGUUCUGCUGAGUGUUCUGUUGGAUUGUCAAAAGAAUUCAACUUUCUUUGCCCAAUGGGUUAGGUCUCAGUAGUGCCAUCAUAAGCUAAUCAUUAUUUGUCAUGAUGUUCCUUUGUUCGUUUCUUUUGCGACUACGGUAGCUAGUUUAUUCCAACUGUUCCUUCUUUUCUGUAGCUAUGGAUUGCAUAAAGUUAAGUUUGUGGCUGGACAUAAAUAUAUUUGCUUUUUGUGAAUGUGAUUAUGCGCAGAAGUUAGCUUCUCAGACUUCUAGUGAGUUUGGAUAAUGGUUGUUUAAUAUUCUCCAUGAUUUAUAAUGAAAACAUGUCUAAUAUCUGAAGCAUCAGUUCAUAACGGCAGCGAAUUAUUUCAAAACCAAGCUAGCUUGUUUUUUCAGAAUAAAGUUUGGUCAAAAAAAAAAAAGGAACUUCGUUCUUCAAGGUUCCUUCAGGAAAUAGAGUAUGUGCAUUUGGCAUUUGAUCUUUCGUCCUUCUUCCAGAACUGGGAUUGUCAAGGACUCUUAAUUUUCUUGAACAUAUAUGCACUAGAGAUGAUGAGAAUAAUUCCAAACAAUCAUAUUAUGCUUCUCUAUAACAAUUAAAACAUAUUAUGAAAUAUGAACAACACUGUCUGCAACCUGCCUUCUGGUAAUUAUGAAAAAUCACUUGCAGCUCCCUGCAUGAACUUUAAAUUAUUCGACAUUCCUAAGUUGUAGCUUUCAGGUGAAGUUGGCAUAUCUGCAUGGAUGACAGUAUUAUUUCCGGAUCCCUAAUUAGACAUUCAAUGACUUGAAAAAUGCCCAAUAUACAAGUUUGUUUUAAAGACUGCGGUGAGUUUGCAUUAUUUAAAUAAGAUUUUUUUUUCUUUUUGAGAUUUCAGAGGUCCUUAAUCAACUUAAAAUGAAGUCGGCAGACUCUGCAAUGUUAAGCAGAAUUAUUUUUUACUUCCCAUAAUCUUUAGUGACUUCCCCUGCAGGAUUUUCUUCUUCAACUAGCAUGAUAGCAACGUGAACAUAGCCGGGUUAGUGGAGGAAGUUGAUCCCUUGCUUUUUUGUAACGUAAAAUAAUGUAAAAGGUAGCACUAAACACAUUUUGCAUAAAGAAAUCAGGACUAUUCUAUAAUCGCCAAGACUUUAGAAAGGGAAAUGCCUUGGAAAUCAAAUUAGCAGCCAUUUAUUCAUCAAAAUCUCCAUUCCUUUCAUGUAUUUAAAAAAUCAUUUUUCGAAUCUCACUGAACUCAUGAUGUUAAGAAGCUAUACCAUGUUAGCUGCUAUAUAUUGGAGUUCCAUGGAUUGGUUUUGCUAGCAGUGCCCAUUAAAAAAUGUCUCACUAAUCUUUAAACCUUCCACUUUGGGGAUCCACCACCUUGCUUAUCAUGCAUGGUAAAAGCUUCUGUCGGGGUGGGCGGGGUUAUCCACCAGCUUCGAGCAAGACGCUGGCUAACUAGCAAGAGUAGCAAUUACCAUUUACCAAGAAUCUCCCCAUUUCUGAGCUUGUAUGUAGAUGCAUGCUUUUGCUACCAUUUAACAUUAUCAAAUUCGAAUGUACGUUAGUGGUUGCCAACUCUCUCCUCACGGAGAGAGAGGCUGGAGGCGUUCAUGC